AGAGCUGCAGACUGCGGCGCGCUGAAAGGGUUAACGCGGAUAGGAGCGGUUCGACCUGCUGAUGCAGAGGUAUGAGAAACGAAACCAAACGUCAACACGGCCAGCCCAGAAACUUUCUCAAGAUCCACUCAUUUGAUCAGACUCAGUUUCAUAACAUCUUCAGUCCGAUCGCAUUAUUUAGUUUUUACAUAAGCAGGAAAACGUCUGAUCCUGAAGGGAGAGGAAGAUGUCUGCAGCGAGGAAGGAACUACAGGAGGCGUUGUGCCGCUAUGUCUGCGAUACUCUCACCUACAUACAGCUGGGGAGGGAAUUCUGUGAGAUGUUCUCCAAAUGGAUGCUGAGGAGGGAAACAGAAUUAGAGAUGAUGACGGACAUCAAAGACAGGGCUGACCGGACCGAUCUCGCUAUCAGCCAUGUGACAGGGUCAGGGGAAAAAGGGAAGGCCUUCUUGGAAUAUAUGAAGAGCAAGUUCACCGGCGGGACAGCAGACAAGAAGUUAGCGGAGCUGGAGAGCGAGCUGGCUGAGGUGCUGAAGGACACGCAGGUCGGCCUGGAGAAGCUGGACGGCUUCCUGGAUGCGGUGGAGAAGCUGGCGGUCACCUCGCUGCACGUGUUCGCAGAGAGCCAGAUGUUACAGCUCCCUGAAGACAUCAGCGCCGACUACGUCCAGGCUGUCAUCACAGCCGCUCGUCUCAUCUGCCCUCUGCUCCUGCAGUUUAAAAGAGACGCGAGCUCCUUCUUCCUCCCUAAACUUCAGAAUGUGGACGUGCUGGCGUACCAGCUCGACGCAUACAUCCAGACCAGCAAGAAGAUCUGUGAGAAGAUGGAGAAAAGCUGCUUCAGCGACUUUUCCUCAAAGAUGAUCAGCGAAGCAGUGGUGAACCUCGAUGAGGAUUUAUCUGAAGAUGAUGUUCAGAGGAUGCUUGAUCACAUAAACCAACUUGAUCAAAUCAGGAUGGACCCAGACUUUCGAACGGUGUUCCUGUUUCAGGAGGAUUCGUAUCAUGACUUCAUAAAGGAGUUUACCGAGCGUCAGCCGAGGAUGUCGGACUUCCUGAAGGAGCUGGAGGCGGAUGCUGUUCAGCUGGACAGCAUGAACAAAGGAGCGAAGAUCUCCAGCGUGGUGGGCAGCUCAGUGGGAGCAGUGGGAGGCGUGCUCUCCAUCGUUGGCUUGGCGUUGAUUCCAGUCACAGCUGGAGCGUCUCUAGCCCUCACCAUGACUGGAAUCGGGAUGGGAGUAACCAGCGGAGUCAACAGCAUCGUCACCACCGCCACGGAGAUAGGCGUUAACCGUACGCACCAAAAGAACGCCAACAAAGUCUUGCAGAGCUUCAUGGAGGACGUGAUGAAACUGCAGGAUUGCCUGGAAGAGGUUAUGCAACAAGCGGUUGCCAAAAUGGAGACAAGCGGGCUAGGUGUAGCUCUGGGGGUCGGCAAAAUUGUUUGUAAAGUUGGAACAGUUGGGAGAAGCAUAGAUGCAAUCGUUGAUCUAGCCUCCGCUGCUAAACUACUAAAAAGUGAAGAGGUCGUCUCCAGUGCUGGUAAAGUGGUGGCUCAGGAAUCAGGAGCGCUGCGUAGCAUUCCCAGGUUGGCCUCCGACGUCCCAGAUGUCGGUCAAGCGGCUGUCAAAGGAUCUCUUGCUGCCUCCCAAACGGCCAGAGCCGGUCUGAUCGCGGUCAACGCGCUCUUCCUCGGCAUGGACAUCUUCUUCAUCUGCAAGGACAGCAUCAGUCUGGCCAAAGGCAGCGAGUCAGAGGUGUCGCAGUUCAUCAGAGCCAGAGCUGCUCUGUGGAGCUCCCAGAUGGAUUCAUGGAAGAAGAUCCACGACUCUCUGGACGAUGGCCUGCCGACAUCGGGGAAGAAGGAAGCUGUGCUGGAAACGCCUUUCUAUCCCGAGGUUGAGACGGAGAAACAGAAAUGAGAGCAAACGUUUGCUUUGAAGGAGUGGAUGAAAAACACUGGUACCACCUGGCUAAUUUAAGAUAAUUACAAACACGAUCAAAAUAAAGUGAUUAUUGUGUCACUUUUAAAACAAUGAUGAAAGAUUAAAAUUGAACUCUACAAUCAGUAAAAUGUAGCUUCAACCAUUUCAAGCUGGUCGUAAAUCUACUGAUCUAAUUGAAUAUUUCUAUUCUUUUUUGCAAGAGGAUUAUUGUUUACAUUUUUAGCCCAUUUCAAAAAAAUCGACGUUCAUUUUGUUCUACACGUUUGACCUGAUAAUAAAUUAAAAACAUAAACAGCAUAACUAUAAUUCAUCUCUUAGAAAAAAUCCUGCAGCAUCAAAUAAUUAAAGGGUUUCAGAAGCACUUUUGUAUGUUUUUAAACUUAAAUGGCACUAAUGCAGAUGGGCUGCAUGGUGGUAGCACAGCUGCUCUGCAGCAAGAUGGUCCUGGGUCCAAACCCUGGUACCACGUUCUCCCAGUAAAAGUGUGGGUUCUCUCUGGGUACUCCAGUUUCCUCCCUGUAGAUGGUUGUUUGUUCUGUGUCUGUGUGGCCCUGUUAUGGACUGGCCACUUCUCUAGGUUUUAAUUCACCUCUCCCAGGUACAUACGAUGGAUGGAUGUUAAUGCAAAGAAACACUUUAUUUUUAUGAGAUCUGCACCUAGUUUUCAUCACUGUCGUGUUGAGAGAUAUUAAACAUGUACUGCUUGUCCUGUAAUUUAUCCUGAAAAUUUUCUUCUGUAAUAUUUUGUAUGUAUGUUGUUUUGUGCAUCCCUUCUACGAAUCAAUAAAGCCUAAUUUCAAUAAAUGUGAAAUUAAAAUUCAAAAUAUCUGAAUAAAAUGGCUUCAUAACCUGUUUGUAUGGACCCGGUCAACGAAGAUUCUUGUAAUGCUGGGGUGAAAAUGAAUGGCUCAUAUAAGUCUGCAUGCCCGUUAAAAUGCAGUUUUG